AUGAGUAUCCUCCACCAUCAGCAUCAGCAGCGCCGACACAGCAUCACCAUGGUGGCGACUCGGAGCUCCCACGCGGCCGCCUGCCUUUGCCUGCUGCUCGCCGCCUUCUCCCUGCGGCUGGAUGCUGCCAGAGACGGGAUGGAGGCGGAGGAUCGGGAGGAGGAGAGAGCGGCGCCAGGCAGAGGCGCCAAUUUGAUGGACCAGCGGUGGCUGUCGACCGUCUCGCAGUACAGCAACCGCAAGAUCAAGCACUGGAAUCGCUUCCGAGAUGAAGUUGAGGACGACGACGUCAAAAACAUGGAGGAAAGCCUGGGCUCGGAUGAAAACGUGGACUCCACCAAGGACCCGUGUCAGAACGUCAAGUGCAGCCGCCAGAAGAUGUGCGUGGCCCAGGGCUCCCAGACGGCCAUGUGCGUCAGUCGCAAGAAACUGGAGCAGAGAGUCCAGCAGCGAGAGCAGCCGGCUGGCGGCGGCGACGCCACCUGUGCCCCUUGUCCUCCCGGCGCCUCCGGCCCCGUGUGCGGCUCUGACGGACACAACUAUGCCUCGCAGUGUAAGCUGCAGCAGCAGGCCUGUCUCGCCGGCAAGUCCUUGACCGUCAUGUGUGCUGGGUUCUGCCCCUGUGCCGUCGCCCACGUCACCUCCACCAAACACGAGAGCUGCACCGGUCAGGACUUGGCCGACUUGGGCGACCGUCUCCGAGACUGGUUCCAGCUCCUGCAUGGAAACGCCAAGCAGAAUAACUCGGGCAAGCUCGGCGCUCGACCCGCCUCAGCGUUGGAUAAAAGCCUGUUAGCCAGCUGCAAGGACUCCAUCGGCUGGAUGUUCCUCAAGCUGGACGCCGACGCUGACCUCCACCUGGAGCACGGCGAACUGGCGGCCGUCAACCUGGACAAGUACGAGGUGUGCAUACGGGCCUUCUUCAACUCCUGCGACAGCUACAAGGACGGCAAGGUCUCCAUGGCCGAGUGGUGCCUCUGCUUCUGGAGGGAAAAGCCGCCCUGCCUGGCCGAGCUGGAGAGGAUCCAAAUGCAGGACGUGUCCAAAAGGAAGCAUGGGAUGUACGUUCCCAGCUGCGACGAGGACGGCUACUACAGGAAGCUGCAGUGCGACCAAAGUGUCGGAGAGUGCUGGUGCGUAGACCACCACGGCGGCGAGGUGACGGCCACCAGGAUCCACGGCAAGCCAGACUGUGAUGAAGUGUUGGGAAACUCCGGCGACUUUGGGAGCGGGGUGGGCUGGGAGGAUGACGACGAGAAGGAGGCGGGGGACCAUGGUGAUGAGGCGGAAGAGGAGGAGGAAGAGGAGGAGGAGGCUGAUGAUGGAGGUUACAUCUGGUAGAGCCGUGGGAUCCUAACCUGAGAUCCCAGUCGCAGCCUCUGACCUCAUUCAGGGAUUCAAAGAUGGUGAAAUCCAGCUCGUAUGGCGGUGGUCCGACGACGAGGUGACAAGUAGUUUCUCUUCCUCUGCUUCAUUCUUUCUUCUUCUUCUUUUCUUUUUCCGUCACAGCCACAGAACGCUACACCAUCCCUUUUCCGGACAAACACUCGUAGCGGCUAUUUGAACAUCCUUAUUCAGCUUAAGGCAGUUGAAAGGAUGCGACCGAUCUUAUAAAGUAGAAGUGGCUCGUCGCUGCCCUCUAGUGUCGGCGGGGGAAGUUAUCGUGUAUUUGAGCAGCAUUACUUGAAGUUGUGUGCGUCGUACUUGAAGUCAGCGUUUGUUGUUUUCCUUCUACAAGAACAUGGCCGCCCAUAUCUCCAUCUGUGCUACUUGUGAUGUUGCAUGUUCUAGUGAAGUUAAGAAUGUACCUUCUCGGCUCGGCACUUUACUAAUAAAAAAACAUUUCAAA